GCGCGCGCGCGCGCGCCCGCCCGCGCGCGCGCUCGCUCGCUCAGCCCGGCCAGGGCGCGUGGGUAUUUGUGUUUCAGUAUGAGAAGGCAACAGGGUCAACUAUCACUUGAGCCUCGGAAAGGGACGACGACACGACCGGCAACGACAAGUCCCUCACAGCGUGGACAAAAUGUCUCAGACGGAAGUGAACGGGGCGUCUUGCCGGGGGAAGGUGCUCACUUUGGACACCAUGAACCCCAACGUCAAGCAGGUGGAAUACGCGGUCCGUGGAGCCAUAGUGCAGCGGGCGAGCAACAUCGAGAAGCAGCUCAAAGAGGGUGCCAUUAAACCGUUCACUGAAGUCAUUAAGGCCAACAUAGGCGACGCCCACGCAAUGGGCCAGAAGCCAAUCACAUUUCUCAGACAGGUUCUGGCUAUGUGUGCUUAUCCUGAACUUCUAAAGGACGACACAUUUCCAGAGGAUGCCAAGCAACGGGCACAGCGGAUUCUCCAGGCCUGUGGAGGCCACAGUAUAGGUGCGUACAGCGCCAGCCAGGGCAUCGAGUGUAUCCGUCAGGAUGUAGCACGCUACAUCGAGAAGCGCGACGGCGGGAUCCCCUCCAAUCCGGACAACAUUUUCCUUUCCACUGGGGCCAGCGAUGCCAUCGUGACCAUGCUGAAGUUGAUGGUGAGCGGUGAGGGUCGAACCCGUACAGGAGUGAUGAUCUCCAUCCCGCAGUAUCCUCUGUAUUCUGCCGCCAUCGCAGACUUGGGUGCUGUGCAAAUUAGUUACUACUUGGAUGAGGACAAGUGUUGGAGCCUGGACGUGGCGGAGCUGCGCAGGUCCCUCCAAGCGGCGAGGAAGCACUGUAAUCCGCGUGUGCUCUGCAUCAUCAACCCCGGAAAUCCCACUGGGCAGGUGCAGAGCAGACAGUGCAUUGAAGAUGUGAUCCGCUUUGCAAAAGAGGAGCGUCUUUUCCUCAUGGCUGAUGAAGUUUACCAAGACAACGUGUAUGCAGAAGGCUGCAAGUUUCACUCCUUUAAGAAGGUGCUGUUUGAGAUGGGACCAGAGUACUCGAGUACUGUAGAGAUGGCCUCCUUCCACUCGACCUCGAAAUGCUACAUGGGAGAGUGUGGAUUCCGUGGAGGAUAUAUGGAGAUAGUUAACAUGGACCCGGACGUGAAGGCCCAACUUAUCAAACUGGUUUCAGUGCGCUUAUGUCCCCCAGUCCCUGGGCAGGCUCUGCUUGACUUGGUGGUGAAUCCCCCGCAGCCUGAUGAGCCAUCCUACACCGCUUUUAUGAAGGAACGGACCGCAGUGUUGGACGCCUUGGCGGAGAAGGCCAGGCUGACUGAGCAGAUGUUCAACAAAGUACCCGGUAUCACGUGUAACCCUGUGCAGGGCGCCAUGUACACUUUCCCCCGAAUCACCCUACCACCGAAGGCAAUAGACAAGGCCAAGAAGGAAGGCCUUGUGCUGGACAUGUAUUACUGCAUGAGGUUGCUGGAAGAGGAGGGCAUCUGUCUUGUGCCAGGCAGUGGCUUCGGGCAAAGAGAGGGCACUUUCCAUUUCAGGAUGACCAUCUUACCACCGACUGAUAAGUUGAAGAUUGUGCUGCAAAAGAUUAGUACCUUCCACCAGCGCUUCACUCAAGAGUUUUCUUAACUGUCCUCCACCUUUUAACCAUUUCAAGUAGCAACCUUCUAUACGUGCAGCUUCAAUCUUUUGCAUCAAUCCAUUAUACUUUAGUUUAUAGAAUGUGUAAACAUGAGUUAUAAUGCACUUACCUAAACACAAAGUCAAGACAAGAGGGGCUAAGGCAGAGUCCUCCUCAGAAAUGCUGCUGUCCUGUAGUUUUUUUUUUUUAAUCAUGAGAUUUUCCUCAUAAAAGGUGCCAACUGAAAUGUAAAAAGCACUUUUAAAUGUGAUUAAAACCACAUUUUAGGUUGUAACAUUUGCUAUUUGUAGUGCAGUCAAGAGGAGUCACAAUGGAGCGCUGGCCCACAAAGCCAUCAUCGUUUUAUUUAAAAACCCUCAGAGCUCACAUUCUUUAGAAAGCACCAAAAAAAAGAACAAAACUAAAAUGAUGAAUGAACUCUUAAUUCUCACAGCAACUCAGUAACACUUUUACACUGAUGCUUGGUUCCCUUCACCUUCCCACAUAUCUCGGGCAACUUGUUGGACUUUACCCGGCGCAGUUUGAGUUCUUAAGUGAUCUUUUCAAAGCUCGUCUCUUGUGUGUGACAACUUUGUGGCAUGCUCUUCCAAAAACUUACUGAAGCCGUCCACUGUUCGGUCACCUCCUUCGAAUUUGACAGGUUUGUGUUUGCUGUCACUCGGGGCAAAGUAUAUUGUGGGGAAACCUUCGACUUUGUACUUGUCGUUCGGAAUGUCGUUAGCGGUGGCGUCCAUCUUCGCGAUCACCAGGUUCUUCUCACUCUUGUACUUCUUUCCCAGAGCCAAGAAAUCAGGCUCCAGUUUUUUACAGUGUCCACACCAAGGAGCGUAAAACUCGAUGAGGACAUCCUUCUGGGUGUCCAUGACGAUCUCGUCGAAGGUGUUACCCACCACAACCUUCACCGGUCCUUUGUUGUUCUUCGGCAGGGGCUGGGACUUAAUGAUAGGCUUCAGCUUUCCUGUUGACGUGCACAUGAGCGCUACAAUUUAUCACUGGAACACAAUCAUAUACCCCAAAAAAAAACAACCUUACCCUUCUUGAAAGCAAUGACAAAUUCUCUCAGGACGUCAGAGUCAAAAUCAUCAGGUUCCAUGGCAAACCUUUUGCU